GGCACACUGUAGGGGCCAGACGCGCCACGAUAAUUAGCCACGGAUAUAUUAACGGAAAUAACCGGAUUAUGAAGAUUUGAGGAGGGAAAAGUCGCCAGACUCGGGUGUGAUACCAGGCGGGGGGAUUAAGGCGUCUUCAGUCUCCGGUAUGGGGGUCGACCGGCGCCGGAGAGCAUCGCUCGCUCUCACCUUGAACUUCGUCGCUCUGUUGCUGGCGGUGUCGGCUCUCACCACCAGCUACUGGUGCGAAGGGACGCGCAAAGUGGUGAAGCCGUUCUGCACCGGGCCGGGCACCACCAGGCAGUCCUUCUGCAUCAGGUUCAACAGCUCCAACAUCAACGACACGCGGCUGGUGCAGUACAUCUGGGAGACCGGGGAAGACAAGUACGUGAUGAGGAAGUUUCACACCGGCAUCUGGUUCUCCUGCGAGCAGAACAUCAACAUGACCGGUGAACAAUGCAGAAGUUUCCUUUAUGUUGCACCUUCAAAUGAAAGAGGCGUGCUGUGGCUGUGCAUUGUCGCGGAGUGCCUGUACAUCCUCCUGCUGGCCACCGGAGGCAUCCUGAUGUCCAUGGAGGUGUGUCACUUUGGCAACGUCAUCGACGGCCUCAAGCUCAACGCCUUCGCUGCGAUAUUCACUGUGCUCUCAGGUCUGUUGGGUAUGGUGGCCCACAUGAUGUUCACCACAGCCUUCCAGCUGACAGUUAGUCUGGGCCCAGAGGACUGGAAACCUCAAACAUGGGACUACAGCUGGUCGUACAUUCUGGCAUGGAGCUCCUUCACAGCCUGCAUGGCGUCCUCGGUCACCACCAUCAACCGCUACACCAAAACCAUCCUGGAGUUCAAGCACAAGCGCAGGAACAUUGAGAAGAACCUGAAGAUCAAGCAGAGGCUGCUGGAGCUGGACUCUCCGGAGCAGGUGUGGGACAUGUACAUCAGCUCCGUGCCGAGCACCGCCGAGGAGCUGCUGGACCUGUCGUCCAACGGUCGCAAACUGUCCAACACCUCCAUCUUCCUGGACCUCAACGACCUGCCCGACCCACAGGGAGAGGAGUACUGCUAGAGGAGCAGCGUGUACACUUCAUACAAACAUCAACCGGUCAUUGUCAUGUUCAGUGUGGUACAAUUAUAUAAUUACUGUAAGCAAAAUGAAACCAUGACGUACUAUAAAGUUAACGUGGCUAACGUGUUAGCAAACAGUUUCAACAUCUAGCAGAUACGGAGCAACAUUACCAUUCAUUUGGAGUUGUGUUUCUGGCCUCCUGAUUAGUCUGAUAUCAAUCUAACUCCUGACAAUUAUAACUGGGUCUGAAGCUCGCCUAGACGUUUCACUCUGUUCACCAGCUAGUUGCUAACUUCGUCUGUCUGCUGUUUGGUGCCGGGCGGGUAGCGUUCAGUGGGUUUAUCAGGGAUUUUUGCUGGAAACAGUGUGGAAAUGAGAGCAGUAAGACUGAACCAAAUAAUAAAGUUACCAAAACAAUGAGCUGAAAGCAACACCUUUCACAUUACACAUGGUCAUUUAUAUGACGGAGUAUCAGGGCCACAUUGAGGAGAAAUUAAUCUGAGAUUUCGAGAAUA